AUGGUCAACAUUAACAGAGGUCCUGCUGGCAACGGUAACGACAACAACGGCAACGCGGACAACGAUAAGCCGACGUACCCGGCGUACCUCCACGAGCUGCCUCAGGCGGACGAGGAGCGGUUGGAGAAAAUCUUCAAGAAGCUCGAUCGCGACGGCAACGAUCGCAUCGACAUUCACGAUCUUUCUGCGGCACUGAAGGAGUUCGGUUUGUCGCACCAGUACGCUGAGGAGUACGGACAUCCGUUGUUUUUUCAGCGCUUCUUGAAACAAUCGGAUCAAAACCAGAGCGGCGAUGUCGGCCUGGCGGAGUUCAUCCACUACGUGCGGGAGCACGAAAAAAAUCUACGCUUACAGUUUACACACCUGGACAAGAACCAGGAUGGGAAAGUGGACCUGGAGGAGCUGAUAACGGCCUUCAAGGAGCUCGGCAUCGAGAUGGAUCAGCACGAGGCGGCCAAACUACUUAAACGAAUGGACAAAGAUGGCAGCUUGAACAUCAGCUACGACGAGUGGAGAGAUUUUCUGCUGCUUGCGCCAUCGUCCGAUAUACACGAACUGGUGAAAUACUGGCGGCAUUCGACUAAUCUCAGGUAUAAUGAAGCCUACCUGUUGACCAUUGGCCGUGGUGCCGGUCGGACGUCGGACGAACCGACACCGAACAACACCGAUCGUCCGCUGCUCUGCCUGAUCGAUGUCGAACAGGCCAUUGAGCACGUUACGGAUCUGCUUUUGAGCCCCUCGCCGAAUAUCUCCUGCGUCUCCUCCACCAAUAAUGGCGGCGCAUCCUCGCACCUGCUGGUGGAUGGUAAGUACUUGGAUAUCGGCGAGGAUCUAAACGUACCUGAUGACUUCACACAGAGCGAAAUGCAAACCGGCAUGUGGUGGCGCCAUUUGGCGGCCGGUGGAAUUGCUGGUGCAGUGUCCCGCACAUGUACGGCCCCGCUGGAUAGGUUGAAAGUUUUCCUGCAGGUUCAAUCAACCAAACAGAGAAUCUCAGAUUGUCUCCAGUACAUGCUGAAGGAAGGCGGCGUGCGAAGUCUCUGGCGAGGGAAUCUAAUCAACGUGCUGAAGAUCGCACCGGAAAGUGCGAUCAAGUUCGCGGCGUACGAACAAGUGAAGCGGCUGAUCCGCGGCAAAGACAAGCGACAAAUGACGAUCUACGAGCGGUUCGUGGCCGGUGCGUGUGCCGGCGGAGUCAGCCAGACGGCGAUCUACCCGAUGGAAGUAUUAAAAACUCGACUAGCGUUAAGAAAGACGGGCGAGUACAGCAGCAUCUUCGAUGCGGCCAACAAGAUCUACCGACGGGAGGGUCUGCGUUCGUUCUAUCGCGGCUACAUUCCAAACAUGCUCGGCAUCAUCCCGUAUGCCGGCAUCGAUCUGGCAGUGUACGAAACGUUGAAAAAGAAGUACCUUAGCCACCACGAGACGGAGCAGCCGAGCUUCUGGUUGCUGCUGGCAUGCGGCAGCGCCUCCAGCACACUCGGCCAGGUGUGUUCGUACCCGUUGGCGUUGGUCCGGACGCGAUUACAAGCGCAAGCGGUAACGAUUGGUCCGAAUCCGGAUGGUAGCGUCACGGUGGAACCGAACAUGACUAAUGUAUUUAAGCGAAUAAUACAGACGGAGGGUCCAGUGGGUCUCUAUCGUGGUAUUACGCCGAACUUCAUCAAAGUAUUACCGGCCGUCUCGAUCAGCUACGUCGUGUACGAGUAUACAAGCCGCGCCCUCGGCGUGAACAUGACGUGAUCUGUUCCAUCGAGUGGAGUAACCCAUUGCUGCCCCGCUUCGAGGCAACUAGAGCAGCAGCUACCGUUGUUCCGCCCCGUCGGAACCACGUAUUC